CCGCGCGGUCCUGUUGUCACGAGCUGAGAUCCGUUUCUGUCUGUAACCGCCAGCCGUUCACGGACCUCAGAAUGCCACAAGAGACCGGACCUUGCCCAUGUGAAGAUGGAGAGCCCGAAGCAGGAUGGCCGCCAUGUUAGGAGAUGAUGACUUUGCCUGGGACAGAGAGCCUGACACAGAAAGGUCUCGGAAGACGACCUACAGAUGAUGACUGGGACAGUACCCAGGGAGUCACUGUUAGCCAAGACAUGGAAGCUGGUGCAGAAGACUUUGUGGGGUCCUAUGAAGACAAUUCUAAAGUACCUGAUGAGCAGAUAGAAUAUCAGGAUGACGACACCAUUGAUUACGUUUCAGACCUUGAGAUCACUGAGCCCCUGGAUGAAUUUCAAGAGGAAGACGUCUCGCAGGCAUCCAAAAGGCAGAAAAUGAGUAAUGAGCAGUAUGUGGAAGAUGUGGUGGAGGAAGCAGAAGAAGCACCUGACGAAGCGGAAGAACAACAAGGUUCUGCCAACAAUACUGAAGAAGCUUUCAUUGAAUCUCAAGAAUUUCCCCCAGACAUAAAGGAGGAGUCGGAUGAGGAUGAAGAAGGCGGUGGUCGUAUCCGUUUCAAAACAGAACGAAAGAAAGGGACCAUUAUCCGGCUAUCAGAUUUUCGCAGUGAAAGGCGCAACAUUCCAGAUACUUUGGGACACUGUUGGGAGUGUAAAUCUCAGCGAAGAAGAGGAUAGUUGUGCAUCAUCUGUUCACAGCCAAAUCUAUGAGAUCACUUCGAAGAGGAGCCUACAGAUCUUUUAUAAACAUGGUGCAUGGUUUUGUAGGGAAAAGUAGGCGAAUCCCAAUACCAGCAUGUGUUGUCUGGAAAAUAAGAAAUACGUAUCCUGAUUCUGAAAAUCAAUAUACGAGAUACAUUUUUUGUUUUUUAGUUAUGUAAUUUCAUUGUGUUGUCUUUGUUUGGUUUUCAUUUAAUUGAUCUUUAUUAUAUAAUGUUAAAAAUGUUAUCUUUCUUCUUUUAAUAAAUUAAUUUUGUUUGAAAAUCA